AUGUGCAUCAAUGCCCACAAAGCUAACAAUGGUACUGAUAUCGAUGGGUAUAAUGGUACCGUUGUCAACGGGGAUGAUGAGACCGUUUCCGAAGUCGAUACUGACGUCAAUCAAGACCUUAUGCGUUUUAUCGGAGUCACGAUUAUAUCCAUCAUCUGCCUCACGCAGUUUUUCAGCCCUAGCUGGGGUCGCAAGCUGAACAAGUUUCUUGCUGUCGUCAAGAUAGGCUUCCUUAUCGGCGUUAUCAUUGUAGCCUUGACUGCACUGUCCAGCGACAUUGAGGACGGGAAAGGAAAUGCUGUUCCCCGGGCUCAAGAUUGGCUCGAGUGGCAUGGGUCUCCUUCCAAGGUCCAAUUUGCUAAGGCAUUACUUGCUGUUCUGUUCAGCUUCGAGGGCUGGGAGAAUGCUACUUUCGUCGCUGGAGGGAUUCCUCGAAGAAAACACAAAGUCUUACGGGUGGGCUUCAUUACAGCUGUUUGCACCGUUGGAGUCCUUUAUUUGAUGGUUGUGGCUGUGGUACUCCAUUCGAUUCACUACGACGAUUUUCCUGAAAGUCAUAACCGCAACUACCCCCCUAUAUCAAGCAGGUCAUUGGCCAGGCUGAAGUUUUACCAUGGUCUCGAUAUCUGA